AUGGCGCCGAAAGUUGUACGUUGGGGCAUGAUGGCCACGGGUGGUAUCGUUCAGACAUUUACAAAGGAUUUACUUGUAGACCCGAAGACCAGGGGUGUUGAAGAUGUGUGCCAUGUCGUGACAGCUGUGGCUUCGUCUUCCUCAAAGGAUUCGGCUGACAAGUUCGUUGCAAAUUUUGUGGAAGGCAAGCAGGGCGAUACGAAAUGUAGCGCAUAUGCUUCCUACAAAGAAUUGGUUCAAGACUCAAACGUAGACAUCAUCUACGUUGGUACACCACACAGUCAUCAUUAUCAAAAUUGUCGCCUAGCCUUGGAACACAACAAACCAAUUCUUUGUGAGAAGGCACUGACCGUCAAUGCCGAACAGGCAAAAACACUUAUCGAUGAGGCCAGGAAGCGCAACCUAUUCUUCAUGGAAGCUGUCUGGACAAGGUAUUUUCCUUUGAGUAUCGAGGUUAGGCAAGCCAUUCAAGACGGCAAGAUCGGUGAGGUCAUUAGGGUGAGUGCAGAUUUGUCUAUCGGAGAGAUUCCGGAAGACAAGUUCGACGAGGGUCAUCGAAUGGUUAACCUGGACCUUGCUGGAGGUGUUCUGCUAGACCUAGGUAUCUACGCUUUGACUUGGCUGUUUCAGACAAUCUACCAUACUUUACCGAAGGAGAAGAGACAGGCGCCGACCGUGAUCGGAACUGCCAUGACAAGUGAACCAAGGACUGGCGCAGAUGAAGCAACGACCAUACUUCUCAACUUCCCAGUCAGCACACCCAGUGGUAGGAGCAGUACACACGGAGUCGCUUCGGCCGCAUUACGAGCGCACUUUGAUUUUGAACGUGACAGUGACCAAGCAACACCAGCAGUUCGAAUCUUUGGUGAUCAAGGAGAGAUUCAGGUCUUUGGACCUAUCUAUCGACCUUCCAGAUACAGAAUCACCUACCGCGACAAGCAGAAACAGAUGGAGGAUAAAACGUUCGAGUUUCCAGGAGGUAUUCACGGUAUGUCGUGGGAAGGAGAUGAAGCAGCUAGAUGUUGGUUAGCUGGCAAGUUGGAAAGCGAGACCAUGUCUUGGGAUGAGUCAUUAGUUAUCAUGAAAACAAUGGAUAAUGUGAGGAAACAAGGCAACCUCAAAUACCCGGACGACAUCGAAUCGACGGAGUAUCCGAUUGAUUUAAAGAAAAGAGAUCCAUCGAAGCAUGUACAAACCGAAAAUAGAGACUGA